GGAGUCAUGUGACUCGGAGGUGGGCAGCCUCAAGAUGGCGCCGGGACUGCGGAGCCUGCUGGUACUGGGCGCCCUGUGGAGCUCGGUGGCAGGCUCAAGGGAGCCCAAGGUCCACGGGGUCAGGCUGGAGAGCGGCGUCGGACACGUGUACCUGGAAGCCGGAGUUAUCAAAGCGAGACCCGGGGCCCGCUUCGACUUGAGGGUCUUCGGAUCGAACCUCAGGCGGGCCGUGUGGCCUUGGCUGGGCUUCAGCCGCGGCCUCACCUGCAACAACAGCAGCCUGGAGAAGAGCUGGCUGGGGCUGCCGGAUGAGGAGAGGCCGGCCAACGGCUCGGUGCUGGUCAGCGUACAGACCGGCCAGACCAGCGCCGCCGGUGUGUAUUACCUGUGUGCCCAGGGCUCAGGAGGUCUGUGGACGGCCCUCGGGGACUGGAAGACGCCGCUGGAGAUCCAGCCGCAGGUCGGCGCGGAGGUUCUGGCUGUGUGGGGUCAGAUCCUGCUUCUGGUACUCCUGCUCUUCUGCUCGGCUCUCUUUAACCUGCUUCACCUCAGCGUCCUGUGGCUGGACCCUCUGGAGUUGCACAUCAUCCGCCACUACGGGUCCGAGAGGGAGAAGAAAAGCGCAAAGUCCCUGGAGCCCAUCAGGAAAAGAGGCAAUUUGGUUCUCUCUUCCCUGGUCCUAGGCAGUGUCUUAGCCAACUCGGCCCUGGGUGUCUUAUUUUACCGGGCCUUCGAUGCCAUCCUGCCUGCUGUAUUUGUCUGUGCAGCUCUGAUGUUCCUGCUUUGUGAGAUCCUUCCCUAUACCAUCUGCUCGCGAUAUGGCUUUGCCAUCGCCUCUAGGACCACCUGGCUGACUUGCUUUUUCAUAAUCAUCACCUUGCCCAUCUCCUUGCCUGUUGCCCUGGUGCUCGACUUGGCCCUGUGCCAGGAUAUCAGCACCUGCUACAUCCGGGAAAAGAUUCUGGACAUGCUGAGGUCCAGUGACCCCUACAGGGAGUUUGUCAAGGAGGAGUUCAGUCGAGGAGCUUUGAGGACCAAGGUGGUGGAGGACAUCAUGACCAAUCUGAAAGAUUGUUUCAUGUUGAGUGCAGAGGCCGUGCUGGAUUUCAAUACCAUGUCUGAGAUCAUGCAGUGUGGACACACUCGAAUCCCGGUGUAUGAAGAGGAGAGAUCCAACAUUGUAGACAUAGUAUAUGUGAAGGAUCUGGCAAUGGUGGAUCCUGAGGACUGCACGCCUUUGAACACAAUCACCAAAUUCUACAACCACCCUCUGCAUUUUGUGUUUAAUGACACCAAGUUGGAUGCGGUCCUGGAUGAGUUUAAGAAAGGCAAAUCCCACAUGGCAAUGGUCCAGAAAGUGAACAACGAGGGGGACGGUGAUCCUUUCUAUGAGGUGAUGGGUUUAGUGACGCUUGGAGACGUAAUCGAAGAAAUCAUCAAAUCGGAAAUCCUCGAUGAGUCAGAUGAUACAGAAAUCAAAGUGAAGAAAAAGCCUCCCCCAGUUGACUUUCUUAUUGAGCGCAAGAAAGAAGACUUUUCUUUUUUUAAGGUGCCUGAUACCGACCUAAAGGUCAAGAUUUCACCUCAGCUUUUAUUAGCAACUCAGCGCUUCUUAUCCAGAGAGGUGGAGCUGUUCAACCCCUCAAAGGUCUCUGAGCGAGUUCUUUUUCAUCUACUCAAGCAUCCCAGUGUCAACCAGGAGGUGAAGUUUGAUGAAAAUGAUAAACUGGCACCAGAGCACUACCUGUACCAACGAAAUCGGCCUGUCGACUACUUCAUUCUUGUGCUUCAGGGCCGAGUGGAGGUGGAAAUUGGCAAGGAGGGUCUGAAGUUUGAAAAUGGAGCCUUCACAUAUUAUGGCGUUUCUGCACUAACUGUUCCUUCGUCUGUGAACCAAUCACCAGCUACUAGUGUCAAGUGGAGUCAACGAGACCCGUUCUCCAGGGACCUGUUGGAAGCUGGGGAGAAUGCGAACGUAUCCAUGUACUGCCCCGACUACACCGUACGAGCACUUAAUGACCUGCAGGUUCUAAAGGUUACCCGAAUGCAGUAUUUAAAUGCACUUAUGGCCUCAAAAUUGCAGAGCUCUUCUCCAUUACCAGACACCUUUGAACUGAAGGUGAUGCCUACCAGCCAGGCGAAGUUACUCAAUAAGCAGAAUUUUUCCACAUGCACUAGCAGAAGUAAAUCGCAGACUAGCGAGGAAGACAGCCCUGAGAGGAACGCUGGCGUCUAGUGAAGGGAAGCCACGGAGAGUGUUUGUGUCUUCUGUGCCCAGAGCCACACCACUUCAGUAAGCUGUGAGCAUACCGUGUAGGGCCGGCUGGAGCUAGUGCCACCCAGUUUGUUGGAAAGACUGCGUGCAUUUGCUAUUGCAAUGCAGAGUUGGGGAAAGAAGAGGACUUAUUUUUGUAGAUAUUGUGCACAGUGAAAAGACAGUGGAGUGUGUUAUACUUUAUAAAAAAAAACUAACGUGACUGAUUCCUCAGAUAGAACUGGUAUCUGUGAUUUUUAGACUUCAAGGUUAUAAUUGUUAUUAAUCUAUUGCAUAUAAUAGAUAAAACUUUCAUCUUGACUUUUGUACCCGUGGUCUACGGGUUCAUGUGCUGUUACUUGAAGACUACAGAAUGAAGAUCUUUUCCAGCAAUAACAAAAUUAAAUACAUCACUUUUUAAAAAUGUUACAAUGGUUAUAUCAUGGUGAAAUCCAGAUUUCAAAAUGUCUCGGACUCCUUGUCAUUAGCUUGCUGGCCUUUCAAUUCCCGCAGUGGCUGUGCUUAAGAAGAAAGCUUCGUGGUUAGCUAUUUUUGAAAUCAAAUCACUGCUGUAGAGUAGGGGGAGAAUACAGCGGCACUGUGACAUUGCUUAGGAAACUUGUGAAUUGAGAGAAAAAUAAUAGUGUGGAUGCUAGGAAGGAGUGAGUGAUCUUAUUAUGGCCCCAUAGAAUAUUUUUUAUAAGCUUAAAGUUUAAAACAAUUACCCCACCCCCAACGAGUGACUCUGACUGGAUUGAAUGAGGUUGCUUCACUGAUUGGAUGAAAGAAAGACGUAACUUAGUGAGAAUAGGGCCUUUUUGCCAUUUCUACAAUAUUUAUAUUGACUUCUGUUAAUAGUCAGAGCCUUGGGUUACCUGCCCAUCAGAAAGGGGACCUGCACAUUCUACAACAUUUUUCUGGGAGUGCCAACUUUGACUUUCUGCAAACUUCUAUGUGGUAGCUGAUGUGAAGCCAAACAGUUCAGAAGAUUAGAAGGAUCAGCUUGCAAUUUCCUGUAUUACACUGGACAACAAAGUUUUUCAAAAGUGUUGCUUCCACAAUUUUUGUUUUGUUUAUGAUAGACCACUUGAAGCUGACCACAAAUAUACUUUCAGACCAAUUGUAUCGUGUAGGAAUUUGGAAAAACACUUCUGUUGAAUAUUAUCGGAGCUAACACUUUGCAAUAGUUCAACUAAGCUAAAGAUGUUUUGUUGAUGGUUUUCAUUUGUACUUUCUGAGGCUUCUCAUUUAAUGUCCAACAAUAAUCAGCGGGCAUUGAACAGUUCCAGUUGCCCUGUUACUGUUUCUCCAUGACUGCAACGUCCUGGUGAAACCCUUCACCGUGCCAAAAUUUGCUGGGAAGAAGUCUAAAUGAGAAUGCAGAAAAUGAAUCUUUACUGACAUGUUGCACUUCACAGUUUUGUAUGCUUGAAACAUGUUUGUCAAACAGCUGCACGUAGCUUGGUGCUCUAGUUGCCAACAGAUUUUUAAGCAAUGUCCUUGAAUGUCUUCCAUGCCAUUUUCUCCAGUCCUACUAGAAGUUCUUUGAAUUGCCAGUCAUUGAUGACCAGUUUGAUUUGUGGACCCCCAAAAAUGCCUUUCUUAAUCUUGGCAUCUGUUAUUCUGACUUGAAUUAUGAAUUGAAAUAACAAAUAUAGGCGAUUUCAAAAAAUAGUGUGUGCUGGGGAAAUUUCAUGGUGAUUUUGAUGAUCAGUGGCCCAAGACCUAAGAUAUACCCAAAAGUAUUCAGAAAGCAAAAUCUUUGUUGUCUAGUGUAAUUAAUCUUGGGUAUAAGAUAGACAGACAUACUUUAUUGAUCCCAAGGGAAAUUGGGUUUCGUUACAGCUGCACCAACCAAGAAUAGUGAAGAAAUAUAGCAAUAUAAAACCAUAAAUAAUUAAAUAAUGAUAAGUUAAUCAUGCCAAGUGGAAAUUAGUCCAGGACCAGCCUAUUGGCUCAGGGUGUCCGACACUCCUAGGGAGGAGUUGUAAAGUUUGAUGGCCACAGGUAGGAAUGACUUUCUGUGAUGCUCAGUGUUACAUCUUGGUGGAACACUGAACACAUUAAUUAAAAAGUGAAGUAAGCUAUGUCACCCCUUUAACUCUCCCCACCAUCCAAUAAGAUGAUUUGUCUUGCAACUUUGCUUCCUAAUCCACGUACUCCACUCUGAUCUUGGUAAGAGUUCCCAGUUUCCUGGUGCUGUUUGAAAUGAGAACAAGAGAGUGUUGUGAUACUUUGUGCAUUAAGAUGCAUGUGAUCAAGGCUUCUCUGAGAAUAGUCACUUAGGCUAGAUAAGGCAUGACUAUGUCUCUAGAACAUGGGUUCCCAACCUGAGGUCCAUAGACCCCUUGCCUAAUGCUAUUGGUCCAUAGCAUAAAGAAGGUUUGGGAGUCCCUUCUCUAGAAAGAUCCUAUGGAGCACAAAAUCAGAGGAAUUUGUGAAUGACUUUCACCCUCUGAGAUGCUGUGUUUGUAAUGACACCCACAAAUGUAAAUAUACAGUCAACUAGACACUCACACAUUCCAGUAUUUUUUGUUUGGUAAUUUUAACUGUCUUUGGCUCAUCUAAUUUUAAUGAAAUUUGAUUUGAAGUUGUAAAUGGUAACUGUUGAGUACUUUUAAGUUUUAAAAAUGUUUAUCAUGUCCUUCAUUUCUAUAGGCCGGUGAUGUCAAACUCAAGGACCGCGGGCCAUAUCCGGCCCGCGAGAUUAUUUUAGAUCUAUUAUUUUAAUUAUUAAUGGCCCGGCGAUAUGAAGUUAAUACCGAUCAUAAAAAUAAUGCUUGCUCAGCAGUCUUCUUCAUAAGAAACAGAAUUUGUGAAGUGAAACACUUUGUAGUUAUAGCAGAGACUGAGACACAUGAGAACAGGCUGAAAAAACGGAGGCAAUGAAAGCUGCGUUCGCACGCGCCCGACUGAUCCGGCCCACAUGAAGCUGCAUUUUGCCCAAUCCGGCCCGUGGCCUAAAAUGAGUUUGACACCCCUGCUAUAGGCUAUUAAUGCAUCGUUCUUACCUUCUGUGCAAUCUCGUAUCUUGGGCCAUCUUGUGCAGUUAACCCUAACAAAACAGUGAACUGAUUUAACAGCUUAUCCGAAAGACUAUCUGUGACAUUGCAGUUAAGCCCAUCACCCCUACUGGGACAUAGGCCAUCAAAGCAAGUAGCCUGGAGUCCUCUGUCCUGGGCCAGGUGUAGCCCAUCUUCAAAGGCCUUCUCUGUUUACAUGAAAGACUAGUAACUGGAGAGGUUUUAAAGAAUGGCACUAUUUUGGCAUUUCUAUAGUGGCAGGAGGAAUUCUGCAGUAAUCCUUUGAGAUUUAGGAAUGAGUGUGUGUGUGUGUGUGUGUGUGUGUCUGUGUGAGUGUGUGUGUGUGUGUGUGAGAGAUUCACGGUUUUACGUUGUGUAGAUUUAUCCUGUCUUUGUCUUUCACACUCAAUGCAGGAGGAAAUCAACAUUGCAAGUUCACGUCUGUACAUUGAUACUUAUAGUAAAAUGCGUCAUUUAUAUUGACAACUAAUGCACCCACUGAUGUGCUGUGGACAGCCUGCAAGUGUUGCCACACAUUCUAGCAUAUGCCCACAAUGCUAGGCAGAACAACACAAAACGCAACAUACCUUGAUAAAGCGUCUCAGCCAAAUCUGUUCCACUCCAUAGAUGUUGCCUGACUUGCUGAGUUCCUCCAGAAUUUUGUGUUAUUUAAGAUUUCUAGAAUCUGCAGAUUCUCUUGUGUUUAUCCAGUGUGAGAUAUUUAUGCUGAAUUCAUGCAGGAAGAGUGAAUGAAAGUAUUACUUUUAAUUGCCAAAUUAAAUAAAAGCUUAAAGCGUAGUGGUUAGUGUGCACUAUUACAGUUAGGGGCUUUCUGGAGUUAGGGAUUCAAUUCCGGUGCUGUUUGUAAGAAGUUUAUAUGUACUCCGGUUUCAUCCCGUAGUGCAAAGAUGUACCUGGGUAGGUUAAUUGGUCAUUGUAAAUUGUCCCGUGAUUAAGCUAGGGUUGGAUAGGUGGGUUGCUGGGCUGUAUGGCUUGAUGGGCUGAAAGGGCAUCAAAUAAAAAAUAAAUACCAGUUUGACUGGAAAGGCAGCACUUUAGGAAUUAUUGGACAGCCUGUCCACUUACCUUGUUGUUAACUUUUUGCACAAUUAUGUUCCUUCCCUUUUGAGAAUGCUGGUAAGACCACUGUAUCUUCAGAGAAAGUUGCGCAUGGAUGCUGGAAUGAGGGCUACCUCUUAACUGAGAAUGGUUACUGCUUGUGAUCAUUUCUUCAGCAUGUCUCCUGUAAAUCUUAUUUUCUGCAAACUAGCUGCAGGUGAUCAUGAAAAUCUACAUGACUAUACCAAUUUUAUUUGUAAAUACUUAAAGUGUGUGGUGGUCUCUAAUCUCUGUAGCCUUUUCCUGAAACUCCUGCAUACAGAAAAUGGUUGAAAUUUUGGGCUAAAUCGUGCUUUCAGUCGUGUUAAUAACUGACCCAUACAGCAAGAAAGUCUCAGCUUUUAUGCUUCUUUUAACUGGGGCUUUGCAGCCUUUUUUAUUGCCAUGGACCAAUUAAGCAAGGGGGUCUGUAAACCCCUGCUUUAUACGAAGCAGAUCAGUCUUGGGUGGAAAGUGGUUGAUAAAAUUAACUUGGUUCUCUGUUCUGUGGAGACUUAAGAGACAUUUAGAUAGAUACAUGAAUGUAAGGAAAAUGGAAGGAUUAAUCAGCCAUUUGAUUACCAAUUGAAUUGGUUCAGCACAACAUUAUAGUCCAAAGAGCCUGUCCGUGUUGUACGGUUCAAUGUUCUGAGACAGAGUGGAAUUCAUCCUGGGUUUGCUUCUCUUGGCUGCUUGUAGAAGGACCUAUUAGAAGGCAUCAGAGCUUUGAAGUGAGCUGAGGAUAGGAUCUGACUGAUAGUCUUGCCAAACAUGAAAAGCCUGAAACAGUUUCAAGGAGCUCCUGGUAAGGAUCAGUUUAAUUGGUAUUGAGAGCAACACACCCAAAAUGUUGGAGGAACUCUGGCAAGUUUAAGCAACAUCCACAGGGAGGAAUAAAUAGUCAACGUUUCUGGCCGAGAACCUUCAUCAGGACUGGCGAAAGGUCUUGGCCUAAAACGUCGACUCUUUAUUCCCCUCCAUAGAUGCUGCCUGACCUGCCAAAUUCCUCCAGCAUUUUGUGUGUGCUGCUCUGGAUUUCCAGCAUCUGCAGAAUCUCUUGAUUUUAGUUGAUGUAAUCAAAUUGUGCAAAUGGACACAGUGAGGUUAAUUAAAUUGCAGGAUGAAGGACAGGAUCAUGGCUGUCAAAUUCUGAAUACAAGGAGGCACUUCCACUCAGUUUUGCCUGCUGACAUUGAGAAGCACACUAUUCAAGAUGAAUGAUUUUGUUUUUAACAUAAUUGAAAUAAUUUUUAAAAUAACUGUAGUUUUACCAAAGAGUUUAGAGAACAUUAUGUAAGUGCCACUAAUUCAGCCAAAGUUAAAUUUUAUUUUAAACUCUUUGUAUUAUCCCAGUAUUUCUACAAACUUCUAAAAUGAGAAGUAAUCAUCAGGUUUCAUUUAUUGACUGGAUUACUUUGCCCUUUUACAUUUUAUAUGCAAACAAAAUGUAUUAAAACCAUGUAAUUUCUGGUACAUUUUAAAUCACAUUCCAGCAAAAUAAUUUUAAUCAUUGCAAUUAAAAUGUUAUUUGUAUGUACGUUUUUUAUUGUGACAUUGGAGAUAUAUAUUUAAAGAGAAAUGGGACUGUAUUAUGUUAUAUUGUAUGGAUGAGUUGAAGUCUGUUGCAUUAGAUUGCAGGUCAGUUUAAUAAAUUGGAACAAAAUGCUCCUUUAAGUACUUAUUAGUGACAAUUGCAAUAUAUUCUCUGGAGUGUCCAGCUUGUUUUGAACUUUUCCCUGAAGUGAUUCCAGACCUCGAGUUCAGUAUCACUUGGAACAAGACACUUAAAAACCCUUUCCUGUCACAUUCUCUUUCCUCCUCCUCCCCCCGGUUCUCUUCAGACAGCUACACAUAGGAAUGUGAUGUACAUAAAUAUUAUUAAUUACUGCCUGUUAUGUCGCUGGCAUUUAGGGCAACCGUGAAGGUCCUCCAUCAGGGUGGUGUUUAGGGCAUCUUGUUUUUCACUACUGUCAGUCAGGCAGGGACUUGGGGACUCUGGAAUACCGUUAUACUCAGAUGUGGAAAGAUUCUUCAUUCCUGUUUCCAUAACAACCUUGUUUUACCAGCCAGAGUUAUUAGUCCUGAGCUGAAUCCCCAAACCUGGAGGACUGAUGGGCCACUCUUAGUCUGGCCUCUCUAUUCUUUGACCUGUUUGGCAUAGGUGACCCUGUCAAGAGUCAAAGCAUCAAGCCCUGACUCUAGCCAGCAUAGAUCUGCGGGGCAUUGAGGCACACAAGCCCCCAAACCACAACAAAGCUGUGGUCCUCUUGGAGGGAUGUACUUAAAUGCAUAUACAUAAUUUUGUCUACACAAUUAUUUUUCAUUUCAGUUCUGGUUGCCCUCAUUAUAGCAUAGAUGUAGAAGCUUUAGAGAGGCUGCAGAGGAUAUUUACCAGGAUCGGAGAGCAUGUUUUAUGAGGGCGGUUUGAAUGAGCUUUGGCUUUUCUUGUGAAGAACGUGCAUCAUGUGUUGGCCUAUUUUACUAGGAUAGGGAGUAUGUCUUUUGGGGAUAGACUGAGUGAAGUAGGAUGAGAGGUGUUCAAGACGAUAAGAAACAGAGUGGACAGCCAGAGACUUUUUUUCCAGGGUGA